ACGCAUUCCUGUAAAAUAGUGCGAAAUUUAUGUGCAUGCAGUAUAGCAGUCUUCAUAAAGCAUUAAAAACAACAACUACAGCCAUUUCUUCGCGUAUAAUUGUUUUCCUUCGAUACAACAACAAAACACCGCACGCAUGUGGCAACAAAAUUUGACGCAACAUUUACCACCACAACUCCAUAGCAAUCGUAUUUUAGAAACAACAACAACAACAACAACCCGAACGACAACAUAUUACAACAACCAGCGGAAUUGAUAAGUGCUAACACACGAGCCAGCACGCACGCACACACAUACACCACCACAUCCCUAGCGACGUUCGUGUCAAAGGCAACUAUGCAUUUGACACAACACAGCAACAACGAUGAUGAAUGUGACAAUUCAAUAUCAUCAAUAAGGGCGACAACAUUAGCAACAGCUGGAACAGCAAUCACUUGCCACACGCGUUGUACUCAACGAGAACAACAACAACAACAAAGUGCUAGCUGGAAUCGACCAAAUAAGCUCAAUGGCAAUUUUGGCCACAACUCAGUAGCGGAGCAAGACAAAAAUACGCCACAAUUACGAAAAUGGUGUUGCGUUCGGCCACGAGUGCCACUCACAUGCCAAAGGGCAACAACAACAGUGUCAGCGCCAGCGCCAGCAAAAACAAAUAGAGCCAACACUAGCGGCAACACAUGGGCCACCACAUUUUUACAUAGUAGCAACUUUUUUACGUAUGCAUUAGUUGUUAUAAUAUUUUUAAGCAGCUGUAAUGUAGUGACUGUACGUGCCAGCGGCGAUGGUGACGGCCAAGCGCCAAUUAGUCAUCAAAUUGUAAAUACGAGUAGCAACAGCAACGAUGCAACGAGUAGCAGUAAUUAUCGCAAUACACUGAAGGAGCGCACAGCGGAUGCCUAUCAGUAUGAUGUUAUUAACAAGAACAACAACAGCAACAACAACAAUAAUAAUAAGAAUAACCACCACAAUGAUACAGCUGUCAAUAUCAUACUAAGCGAUUAUAGUGAAGCAUUCGCCAGCCUGGUAGCUGCGGGGCCACUAAACGAUGUCAGUGGCAGUGGCAGUGCCAGCGACAGCAGCAGCAACAGCGGUAGGGAAAGUGAUGCUGUUGAUAUGCCCAUUGGGAGUGGCAGUGACAGUAGCAGUAGUAGUGGUCGUAGUAAUGGUGGUAGUGGUGAUAAAAUUACUAAACCCACAGUUUACGUGCAAACAAAUUCGGCGGCGAGUGAUGCGCCGUUCGACUUGCAGAAUGAGCUAUUGGAUAGCCUGCGUGGCACGCACAGCCUGCCACAGCAACCAACGUAUACGAAUGAUUUUGCGGUGCACAUACCGGCCGGCAGACAAGUGGCCGACGUAAUUGCCAGUAAAUAUGGAUUCAACAAUAAGGGCCAGAUUGGUGCCCUCGAAGACUAUUAUCUAUUUCAUCAUCGUCAUGUCGCCAAACGUUCAUUGCGUGUCAGUGACGAGCACCAUAACGCCUUAAACUCUGAACCGGAGGUCCGAUGGAUGCAACAGCAACAUGAAAAGUUGCGUAAGAAACGUGACGGUUCCUACACCACCUUACCGGGCUACAGUCCGUAUGAUGUGAUAAGAUCAGGCUCUGGUUUUGUUAGCGCACCUGGUCCCCGCCUUGCAUAUCAGCCAACAGCGUCAGCGCGCAUCGGCUCGUCUUUACUCUCGCGCGCUCCUCGCAUUCAAUAUCGUGCAGCGACGUCGCACAACAUAUUUCCUGAUCCUUUAUUCAAGGAACAGUGGUACUUGGUGAGUGAAAAUGGCGGCGCCAAAGAUGGUCUUGAUAUGAAUGUCGGCCCGGCCUGGCAAAAGGGCUACACCGGCAAAAGUGUUGUUGUUUCUAUACUCGACGAUGGCAUACAAACGAAUCAUCCUGACCUUGCGCAAAACUAUGACCCCGACGCCUCUUUCGACAUUAACGGCAACGAUUCGGAUCCAACGCCACAAGAUAAUGGUGAUAACAAACACGGCACCCGGUGUGCAGGUGAAGUGGCUGCGGUCGCAUUCAAUAACUACUGCGGAGUUGGCGUAGCUUACAAUGCGAGUAUUGGUGGCGUCCGCAUGUUGGACGGCAAAGUGAAUGAUGUUGUAGAGGCACAGGCAUUGAGUUUAAAUCCAUCGCACAUUGACAUCUACAGUGCCUCUUGGGGUCCAGAGGACGAUGGCUCGACCGUAGAUGGUCCGGGACCAUUGGCGCGGCGCGCUUUUAUCUAUGGCGUGACAAGCGGACGACAGGGCAAAGGCUCAAUAUUUGUAUGGGCAUCGGGCAAUGGUGGACGCUACACGGACUCAUGCAAUUGUGAUGGCUACACGAAUUCAAUUUUCACAUUAUCCAUUUCGAGUGCAACACAAGGCGGCUUCAAGCCUUGGUAUCUAGAGGAAUGCUCCUCCACACUGGCAACCACCUACAGCUCUGGCACGCCCGGCCACGAUAAAAGCGUCGCUACAGUCGACAUGGACGGUCGCCUACGUCCCGACCACAUUUGCACUGUCGAACACACCGGCACGUCCGCUUCAGCGCCUCUCGCUGCCGGCAUCUGCGCACUUGCACUCGAAGCGAAUCCCAAUCUGACUUGGCGUGACAUGCAAUACCUCGUCGUUUAUACAUCGCGCCCGAGUCCAUUGGAGAAGGAGAGUGGCUGGAUAUUGAAUGGUGUCAAGCGAAAGUACAGUCACAAGUUCGGUUAUGGUCUUAUGGAUGCCGGCGCCAUGGUAAGUUUAGCCGAACAGUGGACCACUGUACCGCCGCAGCAUAUUUGCAAGUCACGCGAAAACAAUGAGGAUCGCAAAAUCGAAGGCACCUAUGGCUAUACGCUGGCCACACAUAUGGAUGUGAAUGGUUGUGCAGGCACGAUCAAUGAAGUGCGCUAUCUGGAGCAUGUACAGUGUCGCAUAACGUUGCGUUUCUUUCCACGCGGCAAUCUACGCAUCUUACUCACCUCCCCCAUGGGUACGACUAGCACCCUACUAUUCGAGCGUCCACGCGAUAUUGUCAAAUCUAACUUUGACGAUUGGCCCUUCCUGAGCGUGCACUUCUGGGGUGAGAAAGCAGAGGGACGCUGGACGUUGCAAGUGAUCAAUGGCGGUCGACGUCGUGUCAAUCAACCGGGUAUACUCUCGAAGUGGCAAUUGAUCUUCUACGGCACCGCAGUACAACCAAUGCGUCUGAAGAGCGACUUGAUGCAGCAACAGAUGCGCGUUUCAGCAGGCGUCAACCCGUACACUUAUCCAACGGAAUCGGAUCUGGGUCAGCCGACGAAUGACGGUGGUUACUAUAAUGCCGAUCAAUUUGCUGGCUAUCUGAACUAUCAGAAUCUCUUCACUGGCGCCGGUUCGAAUCCAGAACAAGCCGUGGCUACUGUAGAUGGUCAUAAUAUACCGACACCGCAACGCCAAAAUGUGAUGGCCGAUUCGAAUAACAAACUUGUGUUGCACGAUUGUGACCCCGAAUGUGAUUCGCAGGGUUGCUAUGGGCGUGGCCCAACGCAAUGUGUAGCCUGCAAACACUACCGACUGGACAACACCUGCGUUAGUCGCUGUCCUCCGCGCUCCUUCCCCAAUCAGGGCGGUGUGUGCUGGCCAUGUCAUGAGUCCUGUGAAACUUGUGCUGGUGCUGGCCAAGACAGUUGUCUGACUUGUGCGCCAGCUCAUUUGCAUGUCGUGGACUUGGCUGUGUGUCUGCAAGUAUGUCCGGAUGGAUACUAUGAAAAUUAUGAUAACAAAACCUGUGUGCCCUGUGAGGCCAAUUGCGCUUCGUGUCAGGAUCGUCCCGACUACUGUACCAGUUGCGAACACCACUUAGUCAUGCACGAGCACAAAUGCUACUCCGCCUGUCCUCUGCACACCUAUGAAACGGAAGACUACAAUUGCGCGUCAUGUCAUUCAUCUUGUGCCACUUGCAAUGGUUCCGCCGAAUCGCAAUGCAUCACCUGUCGUUCUGGUCGCUUUGCUCUCGAUGGCAAAUGCUUAAAUAAUUGCCCGGACGGUUACUAUGCGGACAAGAAGCGUCAGGAAUGUGUUGCCUGCCCGACUGGUUGUGCAACAUGUAGCAGCAAUGGCUUUUGUUUAACGUGCCAUGAGAAUUGGACGCGCAACAAGAAGGGCAAAUGCAUUAUAUCUGGCAGUGAGAAUUGUGACGAAUCUGAGUACUACGACAACAAUCACUGCCACACCUGUCACUCCACCUGCGAAACCUGUGAUGGACCCACCGAAUCGAAUUGCCUCUCGUGCCCGCAAAGUUUACUCCUACAAUCGCAUCGCUGCGUCAGUAGCUGUGAUGAUGGCUUCUACAUGGAGGCGGGCAUUUGCGCGAAAUGCCUGCACACUUGCACCCAGUGCGUGUCACGAAUGAAUUGCACCGCCUGCGCCAAAGGAUUACAACUGCAAAGCGGCGAAUGUCGCACUACCUGCGCUGAUGGCUAUUACAGCGACCGUGGCACCUGCGCUAAGUGUUACCUCAGCUGUCACACCUGCAGCGGACCGCGUCGUGACCAGUGCGUUCAGUGUCCGACAGGUUGGCAGUUGGCUGGCGGCGAAUGUCAUCCCGAGUGCCCGGAGGGUUUCUACAAGUCUGAGUUUGGCUGUCAGAAGUGUCAUCAUUAUUGCAAAACUUGCAACGGUGCCGGUCCACUGGCCUGCACAUCCUGUCCGCUGCAUUUCAUGCUAGACGGUGGCCUCUGUAUGGAGUGCCUGGGCUCACAAUACUACGACUCACCCACGCAAACAUGUAAAACGUGUCAUGACUCGUGUCGUUCCUGCUCCGGGCCUGGCCAAUAUUCGUGCAAAACGUGCGCUUUCCCCUUACAUUUGGAUCGUUUGAAUAAUCAAUGUGUGCCCUGUUGUCCCACCGAUGCGGCACCGGAGGAUCAGUCAUGCUGUCAUUGUGAUAAGGAUACUGGCGGUUGCAUCAAUGCAUCACCGGCGGGCAAGCGUCGCAUUGCGGCGGCCGCUGAGCAACAACAAUUCGGUAGUGCAUAUAGUGGCGGCUUGUAUGGCGGUCUGUUGGACGAGGAUGCUGUAGGUGGAAAUGGUGGCGCCUUCGGUGGCUUCUUUUCGCGUGUGGGUUCACCGCUGACGACAAUUACUGCCAUUGCGGUGGCCGCAUGUCUGUUGGUCAUCACUGUGUUUGCGCUCAUAUUUGCUGUGCUGCAGCGCACCAGCAAUCGCUCCGUACGCGAUACCGCACGCUACAACAAAAUUCCAAGUAAAUCGCGAAACUCAAGAGGAGGCAAUGGAGGUGGACGACGUAAUGCAGCAGCAGCCAAACUAUUAAAAACAGAUGCCGAAUCAAAUUUACCAGACAGCGCAGCCUACGAUGAGGAUGAGGAUGACGAGGACGAUGAUAUUUAUGAUUACCGCGAUAAUUGCGAUGAGGUGAGCACGGCAACGCCGUUGGAUGAAGAGGAGUAUGGCAAUGAACCGGAUGUGCCCACAGUAGACUACAGGAAAAUAGCAAAUGCAGCAACAAGCAGCAAUGCAGCAGGAAGAGCAAAAACAAUAAGACCCACAGCAGCGACAGUAACUGCAACAAAAACAAUACCAGCGGCGAGGACAGAAACGAACACCUCAGCAAUGACGGCAAUGCUGGGUGAUAUCGAUGACAUCGAAUACUAUUGUCGCGGCACGAAAGCCGCACUGCAACAACAACAACAGCAACAGCAACAGUCAUCAUUAACAAUAGCAGCCAAAGCAACAUCAACUACAGCGCAAGGCAAUGAUGUUGAGGAGAUGAAUGAGCUGCAUCAAAUUGUGCGUCAGGCACGCAAAUCGGUCAGCAACAAUACGACGAGCAUCGCCAGUAGAAGUGUGCCACCGCGGCUGCCAUUUCUGAAACGCAUAGAAACGCAACAACAACAGCAACACCAACAACAACAGCGAGCGGCACCAAUUAAUGGAUUGAAUACGGCGACGGACAAGCAAAUGCUGAACGCCAGCGAAAGGACAUAGAAGGACAUCUGCACAGCUGAUGCCAGGUGAUGAGAACAAGCAAGUAAAACAUUGCGUUUGUGAUUGUGUAUAAAGCGAAAGAAAAACAAAAGAAUUGUAAAAAAUGUUAGUAGCUAAAAGCUUUUUAUUAGUAAAAUGAUUUAUAACUCAACUAAAAAUGAAAAUGAAAAUGAGCAGAUAAGAAUGUAGGAAAUUAUUAAAAAAAGAAAACAAAAACAGAA